AUGUUAACGUUUCACUUGUUUUACAGGACAUUCAACGUGGUGGCACCCAAAGUGGCCGUCCCUGGUCAGAGAACCGCGGUACUGGUUAGCUGGAAUCCAGCGUGCAGUCCCAAAGACGUGACAUUACGACUCUUGCGUCAGAUACCAGUGACUGAGCAACAGCGAGCGGCUGACGACGACGUAUUGUCGCACAACACCGUUACCAUACAUGGUCAGUAA